UUUCAAGUUUCUGCUCCGUGAUUGGCUGUCUUUGUCAUGUUGACCAAUAGGGUUAUUCUGCAGUGAUGUCAUGUUUUUGCCGCUAAAGUCGAAACCCUGUAACACCAGCAGACACUGAAGCAGAAGUAAAAGCGCUCGACAUCUGUCCUUCCAGACAGACAACAUGGGAAUUCAAGGCCUGUUGCAGUUUAUCAAAGAUGCCUCAGAGCCUAUCAAUGUGAAGAAAUACCGGGGACAGACAGUGGCGGUGGACACAUACUGCUGGCUCCAUAAGGGGGCAUUUUCAUGUGCAGAGAAACUUGCAAAAGGAGAACCUACCGAUCAGUAUGUGUCCUACUGUAUGAAGUUUGUGGAUAUGCUGCUUUCUUUUGGUGUAAAGCCAAUCUUGGUGUUUGACGGACGUAACUUGCCAUCCAAACAGGAAGUGGAGAAGUCCCGGCGAGAGCGUCGACAGGCAAAUCUGCAGAAAGGCAAACAGCUGCUGCGGGAGGGUAAGAUAUCAGAAGCCAGAGAAUGUUUUACCCGCAGUGUUAAUAUCACCCCAUCUAUGGCACAUGAUGUCAUUAAGACCGCCAGGAUGCGUGGAGUGGACUGUGUUGUUGCUCCGUAUGAAGCAGAUGCCCAGUUAGCUUUCCUAAACAAAUCUGGCAUUGCUCAGGCAGUGAUCACAGAGGACUCAGAUCUGCUGGCAUUUGGGUGUAAAAAGGUGAUUUUAAAGAUGGAUAAACAAGGUAAUGGACUGGAGAUUGAUCAAUGUCACCUGGGCCGUUGCAAGUCUCUUGGCAACAUCUUCACAGAGGAGAAGUUCCGUUACAUGUGCAUCCUCUCUGGAUGCGACUAUCUGCCAUCUCUAUAUGGCAUCGGUCUGGGAAAGGCAUGCAAGCUGCUCAGGAUGGCAAAUAACCCAGAUAUUCUGAAGGUGAUAAAGAAGAUGGGUCAGUACCUGAAGAUGGACAUCACUGUGCCAGAUGAGUACAUUGAGGGUUUCACAAAAGCCAACAACACAUUUUUGUAUCAGCUGAUCUUUGACCCCUUGAAGAGGAAGGUGGUUCCUUUGAACCCUUACCCGGAUCAUAUUGACCCCGGUUCCCUCAGCUAUGCUGGAACUAAUGUAGGAGAUGAGAAAGGGCUGGAAAUGGCUCUUGGGAAUAUGGACAUUAACACGAUGCAAAGGAUAGAUGACUUCAACCCUGACGCACCUUACACUCAGCCCUCUAAAGCUGCUCGCAGUAGUUCUUGGAAUGACAGAUGUGACAAAAAUGUCCCAUUGCAGAUGAGUAUUUGGAGCAAGAAGUUUGAACCAGGUAGCACCCGGCCAAAGAGUCCUACAACCCCCAAAAGACCCCCUCCUACCUGGGGCAAAGAGAAGAUCAUCAGCGUGCAGAGUCUAAAAAUGCCCCAAAGAGAAUCACAAGUGAAAAGACCCCGUGAAGAUACCAGCCUCUCUGUGGAUGACCUGUUAGGGCAGUAUUCAGCUGGUGUAAAGAGACGCUGUCCUGAAACUCCCCCCACCACUGAGCCGCUGACCAACGAUAACAUUGUUUCUAAGGAGAAGGGGUGUGGCAGCACAGUUGGACAGUGCCGCACUCGAAAUCGCUUUGCAACACUGUUGCAGUGGAGGAACCGAUCAGAAGAGGGCACUGGAGAGCAGGUCAUGCGCAGCAGGUUCUUCUGUCAUGGUGAAUCCAAUUUGGCAGAGGCACAGGAAGACGCAGUAAAACAAGAUUCACCUCAGCCUGCGAAGUCUCUAGAGACUUCUGUCUCACAGUCUGAAGGAAACACACAAGCAUUGUGUCAGGACCCUGACCCAGAGAGAGAGCAGGCCAAAGAUGAGUCGUCCAGUCCAUCUGCAUCUCCGGCUCACUCCUCCAGGCCUGCUAGUUUGGGUCUCGGGGCCUUUAGUUGGUCAGGAAGCACCAGAGAACUGAAUAAAUCUACUUCACAUCCACCCACCGUCACCACAGACAGACACCGUUCUUCCACACCUUCAGGGUUAACCACCCUGCAGCAGUUCCACAGAAAGAAGGGAAGCGUCUCCUGGGUAGGAUCAGGGCUUUCUCUAUCGUCCUCUCCUGUAGAGGGCACCGAGGAUGCAGAGAAAUCUCCUGGGUCUCCUCCGUCUCAAGAUAGUGCAUAUUUCUCUCAGUCUAGCAGCAUCUCUGCUGGUGUGGAGGACUCCCUAGUCACAGAGGACAACUCUGAUAAGGAAAAGGAGAGAGAUUCAGAUGGCUCCAACAGCCCAAGCAGUUCUCCCACAGACAAGCUGAAACCUGCUCUGAACAGAACAAAGGUUUCAGGGUUGUCUCGGAAACAGCCUUGUGGGCAGGGUAAAGGUGGUAAAAUCGAGACCUCCGCUCCUGCUAGGCCCAGCGGUCUGAGGAAGAAAGCUAGUGGGAAAAAGAAUGCUGUCAACAAUGAGAACAGUCCAGGCCUGCAGGCUACCAUCAGCGGCCUCUGGGGGGCCUUCAGCUUCAAGAAGGACAAUCCAAAGCUGAGCACUUGCAAGAAAGGAGAGCCGAUGUCUCCGGUCAGGGAGAAUGUGAUGACAGAACUGACUGAGGCAGAUCAAGAGAUUCUCAUCAUUGCAGAAUGAAGUGUCAUCUUUUCAAUCAAAUCAUUGUUUCUUUUAACAGUAACAGCCAGUCCUUCAAACAUACUGUGUAUGUUCAUAUUUUUGUAUGAUAAAUAAAAAUUUUAGUAUAAUGAAUUUUAUUUUAUUUCAAGUCAAUAAAGACAUGGUUCUCUCUUAGUAAUGUUUGUUUUCUGUUAUGUGUUCAGCUAUAAUUUAGUUCAUUUUGAUCCUGAGAACAAGCUAUGCAUGAAUUUGGCAUUAUGGUGUGAGAUCACUGAACCUGUGUAACCUAUAGAUACUGAAAAUGUAUAUGCUUUGAGAUUUGGAUUCCAAUU